AUGGCGGCAACUCAAGGGCACUGCAAUGGGAGCCCCACCAGCCCCCCCUAUGCCACCAUCUACUUUGCCAUCCUGGAGUCCAUUCUGCUUCGAUCCUUCAUGGAUAGUCUUGCAGUUCUGCAGCUCUACAGAAGAUACAUCGAUGAUGUUCGGCAUAUGGCACUGCCGAAUGGAAGACAACCAGCUCCUGUGGGAGGCUUCCAAAAGGCAAUGAACAACAAUGAGUACAAGCUGCACUGGGAGUUCACUGAACUCUCCAGUCAGGUGGAUUUCAUGGACAUGACAAUCACCCUCACACAUGACAACAAACUGGUCACCACACUGUAUGAGAAACCAACCAACUUGAUCUCUACAUCCCAUCCCACUCCGUCACCCACCAGGCCUCCUGUCUGGAGUGGUUAUGGCAACCUCUUUAGGACUAUACACUCUGCUCUGAGGAGACUGACAGGCUCGCCAGGACCAAGCUCUUCUUCAAGAGGCUCCUGGCCAGGGCUACCAAGCCACCACAUUAGGCCCCUUUUUGAAGCAGCAAUCACCAGGGCAAGGGCCUACACUGGCCCCCAGCCACAACAACAAGAAGGGACACCAUGGGAAUCCAGCUGCUGCACCUGGAAUACCACCCCAAGGAUCCCCCAUCAAAGAUCUUCCAGCAAGGCUGGAGGGAUUGCAUUGCCAAUCCCACGAACCUGA